GCUGAGUCUCCGAACGCGUCUUGGGUAUUCAAUAAUAAUUUGGCCAAUACAGUAUAGGGUUAUGGUAGAGCAUAUUAGGGUUUGAAAAUGCGACGUCACCCUGAGAUAUGUCGAUGUGACUUCACGCAAGUGAUCUGAGCAAGAGUCAGGACUGGUAAUGCGACGACUUCACUGCGUCCAGUGCAGGAUCAAUCUACCAGGACUGCAUCUGAGUGGAAGCAGUUUGUGCUACUUCCACAAACCGGAAGUGUUGUCGAAUGUGAGUAGGCAUCCUUCGAAAUUCUAGUUCGGCCUUUCAGGUGAUCAAAGUGACCAUCGCACAAUACGAUCUGGGCCCAUUCACUUCUAUUUGCACGAGCCCAUGGACCGAACGACCCUGGAUGGCAUACCCAAUGAGCUGUUUGAUUGCGUUUUGCAAUAUCUCAAGUUUGACAGCAUUGGUAACCUCCGACUGGCGAAUCGCGCUUUCAAUGCGAGAGCCACGCAAAAGAAAUUUCGAUCCUGUUUCCAAAAUGUGCACCUGUAUAUAGAACAAUCCAAAUUAGAAUCAUUCGCUGCAGUAGCAAAGGGGCCUAUGGGCCGUUUGGUCGAGAAUCUAGUCAUCGUUGGGCUUGCUCAUGACCUCGAGCACUUGUCAAGGAUCAUUCAACGGGGAGAAGAGUAUGUGCCCCAUGCAAAACAUUACCGUCUACCUGGGGAGAUGCGAAAGUGUACCCCAAAGGAGUUGGACGUGUAUGAGUAUGCUCUCAGGGCAUUACAAAGGCAGAAAGUUGAGCAGGAGAUGUUCUUUGACGACCCCGAAGCUGUCGAAGUUUUGCGUCAGGUGUUCAUGACUCUGGCCGCACAUGACCAAUACAAAUUGCACAGUCUCUCUAUGGAAUUCGGUGUUUUUCAGAAGCCUGCAGCCAUGAAGAUUCCGUGGCAUGAUCUUCGAGAAAUCGACGAGCGUUUGAUGCUGGCUACUGCCUCGAAGACCUGCUCUGUCAUCUGUGCUGCGAUUUCUUCCACCAGCAUGUCGUUCGACUCACUCACCGUUUUCCAUAUGACACCAAGAUACUAUGAACUGCCGUGUAACGAGCUCAGUCGUUUCGAAUGGGAGAUAUCUGGCUACGCACCGAUGAUUUCAACAUUAAAAUCACUCUCCCUGUUCAUAUCAGACCCUAUCAGUGCCGAGCAAACGGACACAAAUGAUAUCUUAUGGGCCAAGCUAUCAAAAGAGACAAACUUCUCGAAGCUGAGUCUAGGUCGCUACCACAAUCACAUUAUAAGGACAGAUCAAGAGGUCACAGCCGAGGGUUGGGUUCCGCAUGAUGUAUCGAUUUUCUCGCGGCAGCAACAAAUAGAACGAGCGAUGCGAGCAAGAUUUCCGCGUCUCCGAGCCUUCAAGCUAGUAUUAUUUCACAUUCGAGUCGAUGACCUUGAAUAUUUCCUCUCGGCUCACUCACUUAUCAGCACCGAUGCAUUUGACCUUGUCAAUGCUACGCUGGAGACGCUUUGUGAUAUCAACGGUCAAGUGAGGUUUGUCGAGAAUCCGGAACGAAAGUACACACGCGUUAGUUGCAACCGGCUGGGGAGGGGUACUCCUUUGGAUGAUCGAAAAAUCGUCCACUGCUGGAAUGAUGACACCAUGAAAAAGAUUCAGCAUGAUUACUAUAUUUACCCAGAGGCAGAUUGGGAUGACGGGAGUGACACGAGCGACCAAAAUUGA